AUGUCAGCGGAGAAGAAAUCCACCGGUGAAUCACCAUCUUUGUCACUCAGUUUCAUAGAUGAUUUGAAUCCGUCGAAAGAUAUGUGGACUAUCAAGUGUCGAAUCAUCCGGAAAUGGUUUCAGUCCUUUCGGAUGGACCUCAUCUUGCUCGAUGAGAAGGGUCGUAAAAUUCAGGCAGAAAACACUGAUGCCUACAAAGUUGUUAAUCAUGGUUACAAGAUUAACUUUUACCGUUGUACGGUUGUUACACGUGCGAAUGGUUGGCAAGGUGUUGAUUACGGAUUUAAUUUCAUGGCACAUUCAGAAAUUCUUAAAGGAGAAGGAAAGGAUCUGCUCACUGUUGAUGUUGCUGGAACUGUUGUGUGGUGUGGAGAUAUGGAAAUCUUUCCUAAUGAAAGAAAAAGGAUGAACUUGGAUUUUCAAGAUGUGCAUAAAUUCUACUUUGCCACUUAUAUUAAUUGUUUGGGAGAAGUAGUUCGUUGUACUUUGUGGAAUGGAUAUGCACAACAAUUUAGUGAUUUUUUGUCUCAAAAGAAUCCGAAUAAGAAUGUGAUGGCUGUCAUUCAGCAUGUGAAGAUUAAGAAGUGGCAGGUGAAACAAUUUGAAGCUGGUGCUUCUUCUUCUUCUCAAACCAUACUUUCAUCUCAGAGUGUAUUUCCAGUCCGUCAAGAAUUUCUAAUUGAGACUCCUAAGAAACAUGUUGAUGAAAUUAUUGAGAUUGAAAGCGUAAUGUCAUGUGUGGUAGUUGCAACAAUCAAAAUGGUUCAAGAAAACUAUGGGUGGUUUUAUCCGGCAUGUCGAAACUGUAACAAGAAGGUGUUGACUAAAACUGAAUACUUACAAUACGCUAAAAUCAUUUCUGAUGAGGUCAUGAAUCUGUCACCUACUUCAUUGGUUUGUCCGAUAUGCGAUAAAGAAUGCACAUCAAUAACCAUUAAGUUCAAGGUACAUUUGAGAGUUCAAGAUGAAACCGGUAGUGUGUCUUUUAUGAUGUUUGAUAAAGAUGUAACGAAGCUCAUUGGUUCAACUGCGAGUGAUAUAAGGGAACGCCAACUGAAGGUCAAUGAUACUGAAAGUUUUCCACAUGAAAUAUCUCGGUUGGUCGAAAAGAAGUUGGCUUUUAAAAUUGAAGUUUCUGAUUACAACCUUAACCAUGACUACCAUGUUUACACUAUCCAAAAAGUGUUUAGUCAAGAAGGUUCAGAAAUCAAAGCUGUUCAAUUAUCUGAAUCCUCACAGAUGGCCGGUGCUGCUAUUUCAAAGGAUGUUGUAUCUGUUACCGUCAACUCUUCCGUUGUCGAAGCCGAGAAGGAUUCGGGCACCAGUCCCAAUGGUAAACGUUCGUUGCAGGAGGUGGAAGGUCAAAAUGUUGGGGAACUAUCUUCUAACAACAAAAAUAAUCGGAAGAAGUCAUCUAGGGUUUCCGAUUCACUAUAUUUGAGUAAUGUAUUGCAUAUCCUCCUACCUGUUGGAACUGAUGUUAACGAAUACGUUGAUCAUGGAGAUGCUAUUUUUGUAUGUUCUUACUGUCAUGCAAUGCUUUGGAAAGAUGAAAUGCUUAGGGGUAAUUUGGAUUCUAAGAAAUCUGCUUUUUCUCUUUGUUGUUCGAACAGAGACGUUGAAUUGCCUCCCUCACCUGCUCCUCCUCCGUUGCUCGAAAGGUUUUACAAAAAAGUUACUCCUGAAAGCCGCAAUUUCAUGAAUAAUAUUCGAGCAUAUAACAUGAUGUUUUCCUUCACAUCCCUUGGUGGCAAGGUUUCUAAAAGUUUUCAAAAAAGCAAAGGUUCUUAUGUUUUCGUAUUACAAGGACAAAAUUACCAUCGCAUUGAUAGUCUGCUACCAAAUGAGGGUGAAGAGCCCAAAUUUUCACAGCUUUAUAUUUAUGAUUCCCAAAACGAGGAUUUUAACCGUCAAAAGGCUGUAAGUGUCGAGGAAGGUUCGAAAACAACCACUAAACAAGACCUUGAUCUUGCCAUAUCCAGUCUUAAAAAAAUGUUGGAUUCUUGUAAUCCACUUGUGAAGUCAUUUAGAAUGGUACAAGAUUGUUUUAAAGAAAAUGACUGGCAAAAUGUAAAACUCAAGCUCAUUGGAACAAGGGAUAAGGAUGGUAGAAUUUUUAACUUGCCUACUGCUGAAGAAAUUGCUGCAUUAAUAAUUUGUGAUUUUGAAGGACCAUUUGAUAAAAGGGAUAUCAUAGUUCAAACAAAAUCAGGCGGUCUUCAGAGAAUUAGUGAGCUUCAUCCCUCUUAUCUUGCAUUGCAAUAUCCAUUUAUCUUCCCGUAUGCAGAAGAUAGAUUUAGACUUGGUAUUAAACAUCGAGGUGUUUCAGUUGAUUGUGAUAUACUUAGAACCAGCACCACAAUGAGAGAAUUUUUUAGUUACAGAAUACAAGACAGACCCAACCAAUUUUCGUUGUUAGUCAAUGCCCAAAAGCUAUUCCAACAGUUUGUGGUUGAUGCGUAUAUGAUGAUAGAAUCUGCAGGGUUAGCUUACAUAAAGACACAACAACCCAAACUUAGAACUCAAACCUUUAAGAAUUUAAAUCAAAGUGUUGAAAGUGAAGAAAGCGAUGCGUCAAAUUGUGGAAAACAAAUUUUGUUGCCUUCAUCAUUUACCGGCGGAUCGAGACAUAUGAUGCAAAAGUACCUAGAUGCUAUGGCAAUCUGCAAAGCUGUAGGAUAUCCGGAUCUCUUCAUAGCAGUCACUUGUAAUCGCAAUUGGCCUGAGAUUUAUAGGUGUUUAAAAGACAAACGGUUGAACCCUCAAGAUAGACCGGAUAUUAUCGCACGGUUAUUCAAAAUUAAAAUCAAUCAUCUAAUUCAAGAUUUCAAGAAACAUAAAUUCUUUGGUGAGAUACAAGCAAUUAUUUAUACAAUCGAAUUUCAGAAACGUGGUCUACCUCAUGCUCAUAUAUGUUUGUUCUUAAGUGCCGAGAGCAAGUUUCCAACUGCUAAAGAAAUUGAUUUGGUUAUUAGUGCUGAAAUACCUGACAAAGAGACGGAUGCUAAACUGUAUGAACUUGUCAAACAGUUUAUGAUCCACGGUCCUUGUGGUACAGACAACCCUCAUUGUCCAUGCAUGGUUAAUUUAAAAUGUUCAAAGAAGUUUCCGAAAAAGUAUGUAGAUGAGACUUGUGUUGAUUCUGAAGAAUAUACUAUCUACUGUCGUCGUCAAACAUGUAACACUGUAGAAAAAAAUGGCGUGUUGCUUGACAAUAGGUUUGUAGUUCCGUACAAUGCUAUGCUACUCAAAAAGUAUCAGUGCCACAUAAAUGUUGAGUGGUGUAACCAAACAGGAUCCAUCAAAUAUUUGUUCAAAUACAUUAAUAAGGGUCCGGAUAGAGUGACAGCUUCUAUUUACCAAAGUACGACAACUGCUAACGUGAACAAGCAAAAUGAGGAAAUGACAAAUAAUCAAAAUCUGUCAAACAAAACAGAAGUAGAUGAAGUUAAAGCAUAUCUUGAUUGUAGAUAUAUUUUAGCGUGUGAAGCUGCCUGGAGAAUCUUCAAGUUUGACAUACACUAUCGAGUUUCAUCUGUUGAAAUAUUGUCUUUUCAUUGCGAAGAUGGUCAGGCUAUUGUUUAUGAUGAUAAUUCAAACUUGUGUGACGUGGUCAGUAACCCAACUGUGAAAAUGACUAUGUUCACAGAAUGGAUGAAAUGUAACCAAAUGGAUGCAUUUGCUAGAACAUUGAAGUAUAUAGAGUUCCCCAGAUACUUUGUAUGGAUACACAAAGAACGAAAGUGGAUACGUAGAAAAAGACCUUUUGGUGCAGUUGGUAGGAUACAUUAUGUAUCUCCAUCACUUGGUGAUUGUUAUUUCUUGAGAAUUUUAUUGAAUCAUGUUAUAGGACCAAUGAGUUUUAAUGAUAUAAAAACAGUUGAUGGAAAAGUUUACGAUACCUUUAAAGAUGCAUGCUUCGCUCGCGGUCUGUUGGACGAUGAUAAUGAGUAUAUAAUUGCCAUGACGGAAGCAAGCACAUGGUCCAUUUCUGAUUUCUUGCAUUUGGUUAUUCCAGAGGAAGAGAUUGAAAACAUUUGCUUAUCACAUAUCGAAAAAUUGUUACAUGCUUAUGGAAGUACGUUAAGCAGCUUUUCUGACAUGCCAAAUGUUCCUGACAACUACAUUUCAGCAUUGAACAACCAAAUGAUAAUGAAAGAACUUCCGUAUGAUCGGGCUACCAUAAAAAAGGAACUUGCAUCUUACUUAAAAUCUUUAACUGAUGAACAACGAAAAGUGUAUCAAACCAUCAUGAAUGCAGUUGCUAAAGGAAGCGGAGGUGUUUUCUUUGUAUAUGGUUACGGUGGAACUGGUAAAACAUUUCUCUGGAAAACAUUUGCAGCUGCCUUACGUUUCAAAGGUGAAGUUUUCUUAAAUGUUGCAUCCAGUGGUAUUGCAUCACUUCUAUUAGAUGGCGGUAGAACGGCUCAUUCCAGGUUUGUAAUCCCGAUAAACGUUAACGAGGAUUCCAUAUGCUCUAUAGAGCCGAACAGUGAGCUAGGAGGCUUAAUAAAAGAAACUAAGAUGAUAAUCUAG